AUGGGGAUAAGGCACCUUUUGCUGCUGCUGAUAUACCUGGACCCGCUGAGCGUGUUAAGCGCCGCUACAGGCGGUAAAAAACCCAAGCAGGCGUCCAGGAAGGGUCUUAAAGCCACUGCGGUCCCCACGGUCGUCCCGCCGCAGAAGACCCCGCAGCCGGCGCCCGCCAGCAACCACGACACCUGCCUGGGCUACUACGACGUGAGCGGGCAGUAUGACAAAUUGUUCGAAUGCAACAACACGGACCACCGGUACUGCUGCGGGACGUGCUACCUGCGGUUCUGCUGCGAGUACAAGAAAGACCGGCUGGAUCAGAAAGCCUGCAAGAACUACCAUACGCCGGUGUGGGUGCAGACGGCCGCCCCGUCCCCCAUCCCGACCGGUGAAACAUACGAUCCGAGCAUGGAUCAGACCAACACGGCGGUCUAUAUCACCUGUGGGAUCAUAGCCUUCAUCAUAGUGUUGGGAGUGUCGGCCAAAGUUGCUUAUGACAAAGCUACAGAGCCGCCUCAGGAAAUGAAUAUACACAGGGCCCUUGCAGACAUCCUGAGGCAGCAGGGGCCCAUCCCUAUAUCGCAAUACGACUGUGAGAAUUUUGCAGCGAUGAAUGGCUCACCCAAAGACAACACACCAGUCAGAACCUCAUCCAAGAACCACUACACCCCUGUGCACACCUCCAAAUCCAACCACGGUCUCCACUACGGAAAGGAGAGCAUCCGGAGCAGCGGAGGCGCUGAACUUCACAACUUCAUCUCCUCUGGUUUCGUGACACUGGGCCGAGGCCAUCAGAAAGGAGAAAAACAUUGGCCGGUCCGCUCCCAGAGUCACCAUGGUACCCAUCAGCACAACUAUAACCAUGUGGCUUUAGGUAGCCCUACACGCACACCUAAGAAUGCUCACCGAUCAUUGAGACGUGAAAACAAUCGGAUAAGCGGCAUCCUGACCUCACAGACGGAGCCCUACGACCUGUCUUUCUCACGCUCCUUCCAGAGCCUGUCACACCUGCCGCCCUCCUACGAGGCGGCCGUCAAAGCCGACCUCAGCCGAUUCUCGUCCCUGAAGAAACUCACAGAUAAAGAAGUCGAAGACUACUACACUCGUAAGCGCCACCUGCCCGACCUUGCAGCAAGAGGCACUCUUCCACUGCAUGUUCUCAAAAUGAGUCAAGAACAGCACCGGGAACAGCAGCAGCAGCAGCUCCAGAGCCAGCCCCCGCAGUCCUCCAUCUCCCAGGUCCCUCCCCAGUCGCAGUCUUCACAGCAGCCGUCUCAGCAGAGGCAGAGGCCCCGUCGUGUCCAGAGGGCCAUGUCCCAGGACCGUGUCCUGUCUCCACAGAGGGCCCCACAACAGGAUUACAGCAUGUCUUCUAAUGGUAUGUCCCCAUAUGGAGGCAGGAUCCUCUCUGACGAACAGCUCCUGUCUGCAGAGCGUCUUCGAUCCCAGGAGCGCCUUCUUCCACAGGACCGCCACACCUCCCAAGAUCGCUUGUACUCCAAGGACCGCAUGUACUCUAAGGACAGACUCCUGUCGCAGGAUCACCUCUACUCAAAAGACCGCCACUACUCUCAAGACCGCCUCUAUUCACAAGAUCGCCUGUACUCACAAGACCGCCUCCUAUCCCAGGAUCCUCUGCUCUCGCCAGAUAAGCUGAUGAUGUCUCUGAAGCGUGGCAUGGUCAGCAGUAUCUCUGGUGGGUUUCGUGGCAGCGACAAGUCAAUGUCGCGCGCCAUCUCACACACAGAUGUCUUCAUACCAACCACGCCUCUUAUGGAUCGUUACAAGAUGACCAAAAUGCACUCCCAUCCCAGUGCCUCUAACAAUGGUGGCGGCGGCGGCGGCGGCGGCAGUGGUGGGGCACAGGGAGGGGGAGGCACGGGGCACUCCAACACUUUAGCUAUGAACCAGACAGCAUCUAAGAGGCAGGCGUUUGCCUCCAGACGGACUCACACUGUGGAACAGCUUCACUACAUCCCACAGCACCACCAGCAGCAACAACAGCCACAGCACUACCGCACAGGCAGCAAGACUGAGGUGACUGUGUAACAGCAGCCAGGGACUAGCUUGAACUGCACAGGAAGAAGCACUGUUGCGCGCCAGGGGGCGGGGGGGUACACCGAGGUACGGCGGGUUACGCUGGCGUUCUUUUAGAGUAGGAUGGUGGUGAUUUCACUUUCUUUGACUGAGGUUCCUGCAAAGUCAGAGAUUCCAGGACCAAGAACAUCCACUAGCUUACUGUGAGAGACCGGGAAAACAAUCUACACUGUACACAUGCCCAGCUAGAUCUGAAGCCAGAGAGGGUUGUGGAUAAGGGGGAGGGAGUGGUACUAUCCAGCUAACUUGCCUACUAUUAAUUCCACUGUCUUUAUUACCCUAUUCAUCCACAGGCAACGGCCUCAUUCUGUGUGUGUUUUAGUGAGAAAACACUAAUUGUGUGUGUUUAAGCCUAUAUCAAACCCCUUUGUCCGACAAAUCUAUUCCGUGACCUUUUCUGGCAAAUCUUAAAGGGCUUUGCAUGGUUAAACACAAAGACCGAUUCCUCCGUGACUUCUGUUGUGCAACACAACGCCACCGCAGGUGAUGAACUAGGAUGAGCCUGUAAUGACUUAUUAAUAUAUAAAUAAAUGAAUAAAAACUACCAUUUGUACGCCCUGUCCCACUCAUAGCUCUAGUGAAUCUCAAUGAGAGAAAUUGAAAUGGAUGUUAUCAGCACUUGUAUUUGGUGCCUCUGACAGAUAUUCCAUUUCUAAAAAUGAAGUGGUUUUGUGGGUUACAAAGCACAAUCAAUAAAAAAAAAAAAAUUCUGUUCUGUUUU